AUGUUUUUCUCCUAUGUAAUUCUACUCAAUACUGUUGUGCCGAUAUCUCUAUAUGUUAGUGUGGAAAUCAUCCGCUUCUUUCAUUCUCACUGGAUCAACCACGAUCAGCAGAUGUUCUUUGAGAAUGGCGAGAACAGUGUUCCUGCUCGAGCGCAUACUACCACCCUUAACGAAGAACUCGGACAGGUGCAGUACGUGUUCAGUGACAAGACGGGCACAUUGACGAGGAACAUAAUGACCUUCAACAAAUGCACCAUAAACGGCGUUAGUUAUGGGGAUCUGCUUGAUGAUCGCGGUGAGGUGGUCGAAAUCACACAGGGAACGAAGCCAAUCGAUUUUUCAUGGAACAAACAUUAUGAAGAAUCUUUCAAGUUCUACGAUACCAGACUGCUGGACGACACCAAGAACGGUGUUGCUGAAGUGACAGAGUUCUGGCGGUUACUUGCACUCUGUCAUACUGUGAUGCCAGAACGGGACAGGGGCCGGCUCGUCUAUCAAGCGCAGUCGCCCGACGAGGCAGCGCUCACCUCGGCUGCUCGCAACUUCGGAUUCGUAUUUCGUAGCAGAACACCGCAGUCGAUUACCAUCGAAGUGCUCGGUAGAGAAGAGGUGUACGAGUUGUUAUGUUUCCUGGACUUCAACAACGAACGUAAACGAAUGUCGGUGAUCACACGGAACUCUCAGGGUGACAUUCGCCUGUAUUGCAAAGGAGCAGAUAUGAUGAUAAUGGAUCGGUUGAAGUCGUCAACAUCCUCGCUUCUGCUCAAUUCCACUAAAACUCACCUUGCCGAAUUUGCCAACAUCGGUCUACGAACGUUGUGUUUAGCUUACAGGGAUAUUGAAGCGGAUUAUUUUGAAGACUGGAUGAAACGCUAUCAACAAGCUGCUGUCGAUAUGUAUAAUCGUGAGAAGAAGCUCGACUUGGUCUACGAGGAAAUGGAAAAAGAAAUGACAUUACUUGGCGGCACAGCCAUUGAGGACAAACUGCAGGAUGGCGUGCCGGAGACGAUCGCACGCCUCGCCGAGGCGAACAUCAAAAUCUGGGUGCUAACCGGGGAUAAAACGGAAACGGCAAUCAACAUCGCAUAUUCGUGUCGUUUACUUACGGAUGACAUGAAGGAGAUCGUGGUCAUCGACGGUCAAACACAUUCCGAGGUCGAAGUGCAGCUGAAGGACACGAAGACCAGUUUCGAGAGAGUCAUGAACAGCCCUUUAUUAACUGCAUCGGGAAGGCCUCCUCGUUUCGAGAUUGAGACGAUCCAUGCCGACGGUCAACAAUCGACGAUGACUUUCGGAGCAAGCCUGCAAUGGCACCAUAUGGGAUGGAACAGACGGGAUCAUCCAAAUCCGACUAGUCCGUCUCCUCGACGCUUCCCGCCACAACAGCCAGCUAGGUGUGCGGACGGAGACUCUUCAAACACGGGAAUCGUAGGGUCUGGAACUCCUCGACAGGAAUUCGACUUUGGAUACGGCUUAUUUUUGAUAUACCGGUGGCACCUCGCCAGUCGGCAACCCGUUUCCCUUGGUAACCCCAGUUGGUUUGAUCCCACUAUCAAAAAGAAAUAG